UCAAACACAGUACGCAUCGACCUGGCGAAUCAAGUCCGGCUUCCCGUUCGAAGGCCAUGGAGGAGGGCGGCAGGAGGAGGAUAUCGAUCGAUCUCGACAGGCUCCCGAUCAAGCGCUUGGACGCCAUCGAUGAGAUCGGCAACGAGCAAUUCCCUCCAGAUGUUAGUCACGAGGAGAAGCGCCUCGGUAUGAUUCGGAGAAUCGACUUCUCCUCCAUUGUGGCGGAUAGCGUUGGCACGAGGAAAAAGCAGAAGACGACCCCUAAGGAGGCCGCUCCCGCACCUCAGCAGGCCUGGCCCUGGCAGGGCUUUGUGGAAAAUCUGCAGCUUGCCCACCAGGAGUUAUCAGUCAUCAUCGAUCUGAUCAACACGGUUGAAGCCAAUGAUGCAGUAGCAGUGUCUGGAAUGCAGAGACCUAAGCAGCUGCCAAAUGAAAAUCUGUCAGACCUUGCAGUAUCUGCAGCAACUAAGCUUCAACGUCUCCGGAAUCUUGGUAGGUACUUCAAACAAUCUUCGAAAGCAUUAGAACUGAAAGUCUCAAGAGAGGCAAGAUUCUAUGGAUCACUGAUCAGAUUGCAGCAACACUGGAAACUUAAACGACAACGUGUGUUAGCAGGUCCAGGUAGUGAUGGGUUCUCAUUUGAUCUGUUAGACAAUACAUCAUCAGAUACUACUAUGCUAUCUCGUCCAUUGCCCAAUGCUUUAGUUCGCAUUGUUCGUGAGAAUGCAGGCCUUUUGGCCAUACAAAGACCUCCAAAAUCAUUUCGAUGCAUAUCGAUAAGUUAUACUGGGACCAAUUUUAGUUCUAGAAGUAAGAAGCCCCUUAAAGGGAAUAUAUAUAACUCAGUUGAGAAUCCUCAAGCAAACAAGAAAGCAGCUUUAACUGAUGAAGAUGUCAAUUCAUGGGUCAAAGAUACACAUUCAGUUCUUCGUGAAAUUCAUCAAUCAAUUUUUCUGGAGCAGGUUUUUGAUAGGGUGAAUCAUGAAAGUUACUGCACUUCACCAGGAAUUCAUGUCACUGGGAUGCUAGAAGACCUUUUACAGUUAGCUGUUGGUCAAGAUACAUCUAUUUGUAUGUCCCUUGUAUCCGUUAAGAAAGAAGAUGACUUUCUUGACUCCAGGGGACUUUCUCAGAAAGGCAAUAAUGGGUUUACUCAUUCUGACUCAUCAGCACUAGUAGCGAAUAACGAGAAAGAUGAAUUUAAUCAAAAUAACUUGGAAGUUCCUAGCCCUGUUGGCUUAGAAAUUUAUUUGGUACAUAUUUUCCACAAAAAUUCCUUAGUACGAUUGAAGGAGAAAAAUUUUUCUGCCUCAAGAGUAGCUGUUGCUGGUCAUGCUGCUACUGAAUCUUGUGGUCUCACUCAUUUCUGUAAGACAGUUGCUCAUAGGAUCUUUUCCACUAAAGUUCUGGCUGAAAUAGAACGUCUUGUCAGCAGGAUUCCGUAUGUUCAGCUGUUGUCUCACCCUCCUUGGCAUUCCAGAACAUCAUCAUGGUCUCUCUUCUUAAAAUUUCCUGAGUCAGUUUUUCAUACAGCUUGUCUGUCUGAGUCUUCAAAUAAUUAUGAUGUGAAGGGUUUAAUUAGGCCACAAAUUCAUACCAAGAUAGUGGUCAAGGAUGACCAAGUUACAGUGAGUGGAGAAGGUGCACUCGGUACUCUCUGUUCAUUCGGAAUUUCUGCUGAUGGUUCUUCAAUGGAUAGCUAUGGGUGUGACUUGGAUGAUCUUCCACUAAUUCUUCUUCAGCAGAUUGCAGGACAGAUCAUUCGUUGGCUUCAUGAUGAAGCAUUGAUAGUUGGGAUGAAGGUGAGCAGAGACUUUUUGUGCCUGUAUCUUGAACUUGACCAAGGUGACAUGCUUGGUCUUGUGGCACGUGUGGACCCAGACGACGUCAAUGGCUGCAUCUCAUGGUGGAUGAUCAUGGAGGAUGGCAUGGCAGAUGAUGGGAAAUUCUCUACAAACUCUGGCGAGUACAAGAACCGAAGGUUUCUCGGGCAUCUAUCGCUUGAAGCAUUGUACUCUAUGUUGAUGGAUCUAGUGAAUGUAAGCACUAAUAGUUUGGGUGGAUCCUAGAAGGUGAUAUCUAUGGGUUCAACAAGUGCUCACUGAGAGUUUGAUGAUGCAUGUCACACGUAGAAGUUGGCACUAGGAAUUACGUUUUAGAAUAUAAUUCCCUAUGUCCAACUUUCCAAUUAAUGUAAGAAUUGGUGUAGACACUUUCAGUGCCAAUAUAUAAUCAAUAGAGUAAUUUUUAUUUACCUAGA